GUAAACAGCCCGUGUGAAUUAAUGACCAGUCACCGCCAGAUGCCUCCGAAGAGACCUUUACGUCAGAAAAAGGCAUGCGACGUUUGUUACAGGAGAAAGGUUCAAUGCUCACUUCCUACCCCGGAUGGCCCUUGUGAGUGGUGUGUUCAGCGUGGCCUCGACUGCACAUUCCAGAGGGAGAACCCACGGAAGAAAAGGCGUAACAGCGAUGUACAAAAUUUGUUCCGACGUAUUCAAGAGCUAGAGGGCGCCUUAUCGCAGAUUGGAUCUACCCCAGAGUCGUCCGGCCAGGCUUCGGAUCACCCAGAAGAAUUAGCGACACCGGUGCGGUCGAGCAUCGACACCACUCAUGCGUCAAACGUGGCAAGUGGUAGGGAAGAGCUGACCUUCGCUGGGAGCUCUCUAUCGCCAAUUACCUUCGCACAGACGCCUGCUAGUUCCUUGAGCCAAUUUGCCAAAGAGAGUCCUGCCCAAAUCCAUAGAUUUGCACGUCAGUGGGGACCCAACUGGUACUUCAACGGCAUACCUAUCUCCUCCGAGGCAGGCCGCAAAUGGGUCUCCCAAAGAACCGGCCAGCCGGUCUCAUGGGCUGAUUUCAGUAUUCCUAUCGUGCGCAUUCGGGAAGCCUCUACCCUUGAGCGACCUCUCUCGCCAGCUCUAUGCGAACUACCAGAUAAGGAGGCGACCCGAGAAAUCAUGACUAUGUUCUUCAAGUCCUCAUUCCGACUUGCCUUCCCAGUGUUAGAUGGAGUUCUGUUCCAAACAACUCUGGAGACCGCAUACGAGCAUGUGGAGGGGAUUCCGCACUCAACGAUGCAACUAUCAGCCAAGGCAUGUAUUUUGAGCAUGCUGGCUAUUGCGCCUCGAAUCGACAUGUCGAGGCAGCUCUCCUUCCCUAUAGAUACGGAUUUGUGCGCAAACAAAGCACGUUCUCUAUUAUUACCCCUCGCCGAGGUUAUCAGCUUGACGACGCUACAGACUGCAAUUAUGUUGCAAAUACAGCGUAUAUUUUGCACCGACUGGCAAGACGCCACCUUUUUCCAAUCGAUCGCAUGUCGCAUAGUCUGCGCUCUGAAAGGGCAUAUUUGGCAGCCAUCGAAUUCUCCUGGACUCGAGAAUACGCUCUCAGAUCGGGAAGCAAGCCACAUCCGACAGCUUUUUUGGCUAUGCUACAUGCUCGACAAAGAUAUCUCGCUUUUCACCGGCAAUCCCCCUCUGCUUAGCGAAGUCUACUGUGACCUCACUUUGCCUGACAACUACUAUGACCAUUACACGUACUUACCAGCCUUAAAUCUCUCCACGACAGGUAACGAGGGAAGCCAAGGAGUUAUCAUCCCCCAUCUUCCUGGGGACCCUCACCUAAGUCAUCUGAAAGAGAAAGUCUACCGACAGCUGCUAUCCGCUCGAGCGCUGAAAGACAAUGACAACCAACUUCUCCUGAAUAUCCGACAACUGGAUGACGAGAUAGAACACUGGCGACUCUCCAUCCCAGUCAAUUUCCGUCCCGCGCUAUUCGUCUCGAAGAAUACUCUGCCAAACGCAUCCGACGAAGGCAUCCCGUUCGUCAUUCGACGCAUGUCUCUACAAUUAGAUUAUCACCACCUAAUGACCGUCAUCCAUACAACGGUGAGAAAAUGCACCGUCGAAACCAGUGACGAGAUGCCGGAUCUGCAUAGUGUGGUUCAUUCCAGUUUCGAUUUGUCUUUAGUAGCUGGCCGUUCAACGCUAUGGUGUUUGAGAACGCUAGUUAGCUUGAUUGCAGAAGACGCGUUUCGGUUUGUUACGUUUUAUUCCACUGCGGCCGCCUUGACACUCUUUCUCAAUAUCGUUAUUCAUCCCCUUGACGCACAGUCGCGGAUUGACCUGGAGCUUCUCAUAUCAGCUGCCAAUACGAUUCGCAAUAUGCCGGUGCGAGCUUUGACGAAAAUCGAGGUUUCUGAUAUUCGGGAACUUAGCAAGUUCGUUAUGAGGCUGGUAUGGCUUGGGACAUGUGCUGUGACCAAGGCGGAGAAGGAGAACGAUUAAAUUACCUGCAUAAGGCUAGUAGCUCCGGAGAAGCUAGUCAGCAUGUACGAUCUCUUCGCUUACGACCCCCCAUGAAAGCUUGGUCCAGGGUGUAAGGAAUGAUUUAAGAUAUGGAGUGCAGAUUACUAUGAAGUGUGCUGAUGCCAAGACUGGAUAUGUACAUUAUUGGGGCCAAUGGCCUCCGUAGUCACCUAUUGACAGUCCAAGAUAUAAAGGAUUAAGAGGAUAUAACGGUUCCCAGGCACGCGGAUAACGCAAGGAGAACCUCAAAAUACCAUGUCCUUUUUACACGGUACCAAACUGGUAAGUAGCAAAGUUGACGACGGGGCCAUCGUCAGGGCCAGCAAUCUGGUAAGGGCGGCGACCCCAUUGAGGCUGGUUGAUUCCAUCAAUCCAGUCCUCGGUCUCGAAGACGAUGCAACCAUACUUGUUGACGUAGGCAGCGCCAGAGUCGCCAUCCUGGGCCUUGUUACGCUUGGCCUGCGAUUCCUUGGUCGCGAUGGUGCCGUUCUGGCCGUUGCAGGAGUAGACCUGGAUAGCGGCCUGGUUGGUGGCAAUCUCCAGGGAGAUACCGGUCGUGUCGGAGGAGACGCGCACGGACGGGACAACCGCGUCGCCGGAACCGUAGGCAGCUGGGCGGUCCACCAACCAGCAGGUGUCGUAACCGGUGCAGCCGGUACCGCACAGGCCGGUAGUCUUAUCAAUGUCUUCGCCGACGAGCUUAGGCUCGGUGAAGUCCAGAGCACCCUCGUAGGCGGUGUCCACGUCGUCAAUCUCACCAGUAGGGAUAAGAAUGCCAUCUCCAACGAUGAAUCGCUCGGAGAGAGGGAGCUGCAGAGUGGUGUCGUUCAGGAUGGUGGGGUUCUUGAACGCGUUCAGGUUCCAGUAGAUGUGGUUGGCAAGCAUGAUGGGGGUCUUCUCGGUCAGAGCCAGCGACACAAGCUUGGUGGUCAAUUGAGGCAGACCCUUGGGGUUCGCUGCCGACUUCUCGGUGGAGACACUGUAGGUGGCAUGUGAGAUCACGUCGCCGGGGAAGUUCUCGAAGCCCUGGUCCAAGAGGGUGAAGGUGAUGGACGAGUCAGUGUGCGAAGUGACGGUCCAAUUGUGCAUAUCAUAACCGACAGGGCCGCCGUGGAGGGUAUCCAGACCGCCGUGCUCGUUCUCCGGAAUGUGGUAAUCAGUGCCAUCAAUGGAGAAGGUUCCAUUCUUAAUCCGGUUCGCGUAGCGACCAACGACGGAACCGAAGAAAGUACGGUUGGUUUGACUGUCGUGAAGGUAGUAUUCAGGAUCAUCGUAGCCAACGAUGACAUCCUGCUCCUGACCCUUACGGUCUGGCACCAAGAGAGAAGUCAGGCGUGCACCGUAAGGGAUCAGCGUGGCAGUGAUAUUCUCCGCCUUGAUCGUGUAGGUCUUGAAAUGAGGGUCGCUCGAGCUAGCACUCGAGGAGGACGAAGCUGCAGAGGGUGCGGCCUGCGCAAGAGCCGGCAGGCCAUAAAUGGCCGCAGCGACGUACGACUUAAAAUGCAUCCUGAUGCCCAAAAGUAGAGUGACGGUAAGGAACAGGGAACAGUAAACAAAGAGGAGUCGAGGUGUAAGACGCGCCGGACACAGGAAUGAGCGGAUGCAGCCGACGGGGAGACUGCGCAUUUUAUGGAAUUGGAAGCUCCUUUCCGAUCGUAGUAAACAUCGUCAUUCGUCGCUAACCUCUCUCCGCAUGGUUGGACGCUAGGGGGAAGCGGGGCUAGCAGGCUUCAGGAAGCCGGGGUAAGAUGCAGUUAGAUGGUCCGAGGGUCCUCAAGAGAUCACGAAUUAUCCGACAGCAGUGACGUGAAGAGAUCAUACACGACCAUUGGGUGACUUCCCUAGGUGGAGAAUGAAAGGAUUGAGGGGAAAUCCCGAGGCUGCGAGAAGAUGAGGAGGGGAGAGUUUGGAGUACUGCUCUGGGCUGGGAAUAUGCAAUUGUGCAUGGAUUGAGGCCAGGCUUAGGCUUAGGGGGGAGAAAAUGUGAGGUGUGAG